UCUGUGGACAAUCGCCAGCCAUCCUCUCACAACAAGACCUCUGAGGGGAAAUAUAAGGAUCUCAGAAAAAGAGGAGAGGUGACAACUCUAACGGACGAAGACUUUUGUGAUGCUGAAGACAUCGUCAAGCUGAUGGCACCGGUCAAACUUGUGACCACAACCAUGUCUGAAGACCACCGGCCCACACUUUCAAUGAUUUCCCCAGUCAAAGCAAAGCUUAAAAAGAACUUUGAAGCAUCAGAAAAAGACUCAGUGGUCAUCAGAGAGAUGAAGCAGGCAUUCAGGAAUGACCUGGAGAAACGUUAUGCUGGCCUCGAUGAUCUCUUCAACACUGCAGCGGCUCUGGACCCCCGGUUCAAAUCUCUGCCCUUCCUGAGUGACCACGAUUCUGAGAGGACAUUCAUGACCAUCUUGGCAGAAGCUACAGCCUUGCAUAGUAAGGCAACAGGGAUUCCAGCUGAGAGUGAUGCAGUGCAGACAGAUCCAUGUCAGAGUGAUCCUGCCCAUGAAGACACAGACAUCACCACCGAAGAUGUACUCAAAGAUGAUGUGCCUCCUUGCAAAAAGAAGAAAAUGUCAGUUCUGGACCAACUGUUUGGAGAAGACUUUCAAGUGAGGAUGGCAGCUAGAUCUGCAUGGGACAGAGCUAGUGAUGAAGUGAAGCGGUACAGAGAUUGUGAGUCUUAAAACACUGCCGUGGUGGAAAGGGCAGCAUGACCUGCCGUUGCUAUCAUCUCUGGCCAAACGAUAUAUCUGUAUACCUGCCACCAGUGUGGCAUCUGAAAGGGUUUUCAGCACUGCUGGAGAUAUUGUUUCUACAAAACGCAGUUUACUGAAACAUGAACAUGUGGAUCAGUUGAUCUUUCUCCAAAAUAAAUCUGCCCUUCAAAAAAGAUGGGGACAGUGAUGAGGAAUGAAAUGUUGAAGCACUUUGCUGUGGUUAAGGUUAUAGUUUGUUUGUUAUUGUAUUGUUAAGGUUAUUGUUGACCAGUCUGGCUAAAAUGCCAUGUUUUUUCCCCAGUUAUACCAGUGGUAAAUGGCAUAAUAGUAGUAUGCUUGAAUUAUUAUUUAUUAUGAUAAUACUAGCAGGUUAAAUUGUUCUUUUUUCUAGAGCUGCUGCAUAUAAUUUUUAGUUUGUAAGAUGUUCAUAUUGAAAGGUUGCACUUAAAUUACCUGUCUGUGUUUAAAAUGUAAGAUGUUUACAUUUAAAAGUUGCACUUAAAUUACCUGCCUUUUGUGUUUAAAAUGUAAGAUGUUUACAUUGAAAGGUUGCACUCAAAUUACUACCUCUUGUGUUCAAAAUAACAGGAAACAGAUUGAAUUUUUGCACUUUUUUUUUGUGUUUCUCUGGAGUUUUAUUUUAUUAUCGACAAAAUGAUGGUCAU